AUGAGCGGCCCCGGUGUUGGAUUCGAGUACCCCCGCCAGGAGGUUUCCUGGGUGAAGCGCGAUGUGCUUCUCUUCGCCAACACUGUUGGUUGCACCGACCAGGAGCUUCACUUCCUCUACGAGCUUCACCCGAACUUCGCGGUCUUCCCUACCUACCCGAUCAUCCUUUCCUUCAAGGGCAACAACUCGGAUGUGAUCGACUUCUACGCCGCUCAGAAGUCCGUCCAGAUCCCCAACGUUCCCUCCUUCGACCCUCGCCGCGUCGUCGACGGCCAGCGCAAGAUUGUGCUUCACAAGUCCCUCCCCACGAGCUCCGAGGGCAAGAAGUUCGAAGUCCGAACCAAGGUCCUCGGCGUUUACGACAAGGGUCGCCCCGGAUCCGUCGUCGAGACCCAGACCGACCUCGUCGAGGUCGGCCCCGACGUCGUCUACGCCAGCGUCAUCACCAGCAGCUUCUACGUCGCCCAGGGCAACUGGGGCGGCCCCAAGGGCCCCGCGACUGAGAACUUCCCCCCUCCCAAGGGCAAGACCCCCGACGUCACCUUCGAGCACCAGACCAACAAGCAGUCCGCCCUGCUGUACCGCCUCAAUGGCGACUACAACCCGCUGCACGCCACUCCCGAGCCCGGCAAGAAGAUGGGCUUCCCCGGAGCCAUCAUGCACGGCCUCUACUCGUGGAACUCGACCGCCCACGGCCUGCUCCAGGCGUACGGAGGCAGCGACCCUGCCAACAUCAAGGAGUACCAGGCGAGAUUCGCCAGCCCCGUCAUGCCCGGCGACAAGCUUGUGACGGAUGCCUGGAGGACCGGUGAGGUCAAGGACGGCUGGGAGGAGAUUCGCUUCCAGACCAAGGUCGAGGGAGGAAAGAUCGUCCUGAGCAACGGACGUGCCCUGAUCAAGGUUGUGGAGUCUCCCAAGUCGAAGCUGUAG